AUGGGCCACCUCCAGCUGCAGUGUCUGGAUCCCCCUGCACUAUCAGUCCUCCCCUUCUGUCUCCUGAGACUUCUUGCAAUGGCCCCCAAGAAGAAGGAAGAGCCUAAACCAGCACCAGCUCCAAAACCCCCAGAGCCUGAGCGCCCCAAGACCCCGGCGUUUGACGCCGCAACAAUCACGCUGGAAUUCACCCCGGAGCAGAUUGAGGAUUUCAAAGAUGCUUUCCAGCUGUUUGACAGGACUCCGACCAAUGAGAUGAAAAUCACUUAUGCCCAGUGUGGUGACCUGAUCAGGGCUCUGGGCCAGAAUCCCACCAAUGCAGAGAUCAUGUAUGUCCUUGGAAAACCCAAAGCUGAAGACAUGCAGAGCAAGAUGCUUGACUUUGACCAGUUCCUCCCAAUGCACCAACACAUCUGCAAGGCCAAGGAUCGUGGAACAUUUGAGGACUUUGUUGAGGGUCUGAGGGUGUUCGACAAGGAGGGGAAUGGCACAGUCAUGGGAGCUGAGCUCAGGCACGUUCUGGCAACACUCGGUGAGAAGAUGAGGGAGGACGAGGUGGAGCAGCUCAUGCAAAACCAAGAGGAUGCUAAUGGAUGCAUAAAUUAUGAAGCUUUUGUAAAACACAUUAUGGCAUCUUAAAAAAGAAAACCAACACCCUGAAUUCUUGACUGCAGAAGAUCUCUAUCGUUCUGUAAAUCCCAUCUUGUAUAUUUCUCAUUUCCAUGCUUCUCAAAGGGAUCUGUAACUCAUCAAUAUUUCACCUUGUUUUUCUAAGACCACUUGUGUUGAUGCUGUGCACACAUUGCACAUUGCCCCUGUUCAUAUUGUAGAUCAUGGUAAAUAAAUAAAUACAUUUUGAUGGUG